AUGGACGACUAUUUGUUUCGGCAAUAUGUCAAUGAGUGCCGCGUGGUGCACGAGGAGACCAAGUAUCUGGAGAUCUUUAAUUACUCGGACCCUUUUUAUAAUUCCUGCGAGGAGCAUCCUCUGACUUCGGAUGAAUUUGACAAUUUUCUACAUCAGAGGGGGGCAUUUGCACCGCCAAACUUGCGUCCCGGGACGACACUCUUGAGUGGAAUCCGACUCGUCGUCCAAACCGACGCCCAGGACAAGGAUACCUUUAUGCCCAAGGUCCUGUCCCUCCCCAAGGAUGCAUACGAGAAAAUGGUGCGGGCUCUGCGACUUCCUUUCCGUGGAAUUGAAACCACGUCGGUCGUCGGGCCCUUCUUCUGGUCAUCGUCCGACCACGACGAUGCCGAUCCGCAUCUGCACAUCCUGCACCGCAAGUCGGAUGUGCGCAAAAAGGGCCGGACGCGCGGCUGGGAGAUGAUGCUUUCACACCGCUUCGCCACUUCCGUGACCACCGGCUUCGUCAAGGGCACGCCGUCGUCGGACGUGGCCGCGGCGCUGCGGCACCUGCACGCGUGCGCCUUGCAGGCCGGCCACGCGCUGCUGCUGCCGACCAUUCUGCUCGCGCACGACCUGUCGCCGGCCAACGACCAGAAGCAGCGCGACGCGCGCGACUGGCUGCGCCGCCUGGAGCACGCCGUCAGCAUGCGCGACGAGGUCGAGCCCGGCGAGCAGUACUUCCAGAACGGCCGCCUCGAGGUCGACGGGCUGAACCGCGACCUGGUCGAGUGCCACUCCAACGUGCUGUGGAAGCGCCCGCAGGCGUACAUGGCGCUGACGCUGGAGAUGGAGAAGGCCAUGGCGCUGUUCUGGGACAUGCGCGCGGCGGCGGCGGCGGCGGCGAGGGGGCAGAAGGAGAUUGAAGUGGAAGAGUUGGGAAUGGAGGCGAGCAUGAGGCAGCAGAUGAGGGAGAUGGACAGGCUGCAUAGGUCGAUGCUCGCCCGCAUGGACUUUUACAAGGUCAAGCUGACGGGCUUGGAGAAUUACAUCCACACGACCCUACAGAGACUCAAGGUGCAGAGAGAAGCGCUGUAUAACAUCAUGUCGCAGCGCGAAGCUCGUCUCAACCUCGAAAUCGCCGGAGAGCAGCGCCGCAUCGCUCACGCCAGCAAGCGCGACAGCACCGCCAUGAAGACCAUCUCCCUCCUCGGCACGCUCUUUCUCCCGGGCACCUUUCUGGCCUCCGUGUUUAGCAUGACCUUUUUCAACUUUCAGUCCAACGCAGACCCCGUCAUCUCGGACAAGCUCUGGGUCUACUUCCUCCUAACCAUCCCCAUCACGGCCGCCAUCGUCGGCAUCUGGAUCUGGUACGACAAGCGCAAGGAGGCGCAGUACGCGCGCGACGACGAGGACCUGGAAAAGGACAUCACCAAGAUGGAGCACGACAUCAUGAUGAACCUGCGCAAAAGGACCAUGAGUAAGAAUCAUACCUGGAACACCAUAAGUCCGCCACCGCGGUGA